AUGUCCCAGCAGCACACACUGCCAGUGACUGCGCCAGCUGUGGUUCAGGAAUCUCUCAAGACUGUGUGUCUCCCAGCUCAUACUCAGCAGGUACAAAUUAAGCAGCCAACUUCACAACCUGAACAGUGCCAGAAGGUAUUCUCUGAGACCCAAGAGAAGGGCUCCUCCAAACAAGAGAAAAAGGGCAUGACCCCUGUGAAGGGGCUGCCUGAGCAAGAAUGUGAGCAGCAGCAGCAGCAGCAGCAGCAGCAGCAGCAGCAGGAGCAGCAGGAGGAGCAGCAGGGACCACAAGAGCAGCAGGUAUCUGUGAAAAAGCCACACCAGGAGCUGCAGGAGCAGGAACUGCAUCUGGAGAAGCAGCUGCCACCACAGGAGCCACAGGGGCUGUGCCUGGGACAGCAGCAGCAGCAGCAGCAGCAAGGCACACUGAGACCACAAGAACUAAGUCUGAGACAGCACCAGAAGGAGAAGCAGCAGGCUCCAGAACUCUACCUGGGUCAGCAGCAGGAAACUGCUGCUGAUCAGGAACUGGUCCCAGGAGAGAAGCAGCCAGAACCACAGGAGCAGGAACCACACCAGGGACAGAGGCACCAAGAGCCACAGGAGCAGGAGCUGCCCCUGGGACAGAAGCAGCAGCAACAGGAACCACAGGAGCAGGAACUGCACCAGGGACAGAGGCAUCAGGAGCCACAGGAGCAGGAGCUGCCCCUGGGACAGAAGCAGCAGCAACAGGAGGCACAAGAGCAGGAGCUGCAGCUGGGGCAGCACCAGCAGCACCAGGAGCCACAGGAGCUGCAUCUGAGACAGCAUCAGAAACAGAAGCUCUGUGAACCAGAACUUCACCUGGGAAAGCAGUGGGAUCAGGAGCCACCAGAGCCAGAACUGCACCUGGGAAAACAGCAGCAUCAGGAGUCCCAGGAGUCUGAACUGAACCUGGGACAGGAUCAGAAGCAGAAGCAGAAGCUGCAUGAGCCGGAACUGCACCUGGGAAAACAGCAGCAUCAGGAGUCCCAGGAGUCUGAACUGAACCUGGGACAGGAUCAGAAGCAGAAGCAGAAGCUGCAUGAGCCAGAACUGCACCUGGGAAAACAGCAGCAUCAGGAGUCCCAGGAGUCUGAACUGAACCUGGGACAGGAUCAGAAGCAGAAGCUGCAUGAGCCAGAAUUGCACCUGGGAAAGCAGCAGCAGCAGGAGACAGAGCAUGAUGGCUAUCAAGGAACACAAAGUCUAGGUCAGUCACUCAAGCGAGAGAAAGCCCCAAGGGAGCAGCAGGUGGAUGACCCACACCUAGAAAAGGAGAAGGACCUCUUGGACCAGAGACUGGAUCAAGACCUAGUAAGGGAAGAUGAGCAGCUGGAACAGAAGAAUGAACAACUCCCAGAGCACCUGACAGAGCAAGAUAAGCCAACAGAGCAAGUUGUAGCAAGCACUGGCCAAGUCCAAGAGUCUCGGACAAUCCUACCAGUGAAAGGAGACACGUUGCUCACUACAGGGAAACAGAGGCAGAACCAGGAAUUGCAGUGA